AUGGCGAUGGCAGCUAGAGGCCGUAAUCAGAAGCUUCCUCCCGAAGUAAACAGGAUACUUUACGUGAAGAACUUGCCAUAUAAAAUCACUAGUGAAGAAAUGUAUGAUAUAUUUGGCAAGUUCGGCGCAGUCAGACAGAUUCGAGUGGGUAAUACAGCUGAAACUCGUGGUACCGCCUUCGUGGUUUAUGAAGACAUUUUUGAUGCAAAAAAUGCCUGUGAACAUCUUUCUGGCUUUAACGUUUCGAAUCGUUAUCUCGUAGUAUUAUAUUAUCAGUUACUGGCUCUUAGCUUCUUGAUCUCAUAUAGAAUGGAUACCGAGAAAGCAAAGGAAAAACUAGAAGAGAUUAAAGAGCGGUACAAUCUUGGCGGUGACCUAGAAAAGGAAAAGAAAGAAAAAUUGGGAUAUACUCCAACUCCAAGACGAUAA